AUGCCGUUGCAAGCAAUACGAUCCAACCCGGGAAUACAGGAGGUCUUGGUGUCGGAAUUUGCUGAUGAUGUACUGUUGACUUCAACCCACCCCAGGGAAUCUAUGGCAGCACUGGCAGAAGUGUUGGAAAAAUACAGCGACUUGGCAAGAUACAAAGUUAACCUAAAUAAAUUGAGUGCCCUGCCAAUUGGCCUCUCGGCAGCGGACACGGCACACAUUGGACAUACAACAUCCAUAUAG